UAGCUCUUAUUCCUCCCUCCGCUCUGCUCUCUCCGCCAUGAAAACGAGCUCGAAACCUCCAUUGAUGCUCUGAAACCAAAAGCUCGCAUCAGAAACCCUCCCUUCAUCUUCCCGGAACCGCGAAAGCAGCAGCAGCAGCAGCAGCAGCAAGAAGAAGAAGAAGAAGAAGAAGAAGGAGAAGAGCAGCUGCUGCGGCGUCGUCGUUCCAGCGAUGGUUUCUCUGGAAGAUUCUCACUCCAAUUCCACCCGCCUCCCCCUCCCCCGCGACUUCUCCCCCUCCACCUCCAAAAUCCACCGCCACGUCGGCCGCUCCAUGCGGACCGUCCGCUCCAACCUCUACCGGGACGAGAGCUCGUGCUCCUUCCCGGCCGACCGCCCGGAGUUCGUCUCCGAGAACCUCACCGACUCCGUCGUCGACAUGCGCCUCGGCGAGCUCGCCGCCCGCUACAGCAGCGUCGCCGCAGCCGCCGCCGCCGCCGCCGCCGCCGCCCGGGCGUCGAGGCCCGGGGCGUCGGAGGAGGAGCUGCUGGAGCUCUCCCAGGCCUUCAGCGACUUCUCGGCGUGCAGCAGCGACAUCUCCGGGGAGCUGCAGCGGCUCGCGAGCCUGCCGGUGUCGGGGGGCGACGGACGCGGGGGCGGCGGGGCCGAGGCGGAUCCGAAUCCGGAGGACUUCUCCCCGUGCCUGGGGUUCCUGCAGCGGGAGAACUUCUCGACGGAGAUCAUCGAGAGCAUCUCGCCGGAGGAUCUCCAACCGACGGUCAAGAUCUGCGUGGAUGGAUUGCAGUCGCCGUCGCUGGCCGUGAAGCGUUCAGCUGCUGCAAAACUCAGGCUGCUCGCGAAGAAUCGGUCCGACAAUCGAGCUCUGAUCGGAGAAUCCGGCGCGAUUCCGGCGCUCAUACCCCUGCUCCGGUCGACAGAUCCGUGGACUCAAGAGCACGCCGUCACCGCAUUGCUCAACCUCUCCCUGCACGAGCAGAACAAGGUCUUGAUCACGAGCUCCGGCGCGAUAAAAUCGCUUGUCUACGUGCUCAAAACCGGAACCGAAACCUCGAAGCAGAACGCGGCAUGCGCAUUGCUAAGCCUCGCCUUGGUCGAAGAGAACAAGAGCUCAAUCGGAGCUUGCGGCGCGAUACCGCCGCUGGUGUCGUUGCUCCUGAACGGAUCCAACAGAGGGAAAAAGGACGCAUUGACGACUCUGUAUAAGCUGUGCACCAUCAAGGUGAACAAGGAGAGGGCGGUGAGCGCCGGCGCCGUGGGGCCGUUGGUGCAGAUGGUGGGCGAGCAAGGGACCGGCAUGGCGGAGAAGGCGAUGGUCGUGCUGAGCAGCCUUGCCGGGAUCGAGGAAGGGAAGGAGGCGAUCGUGGAAGAGAGCGGGAUGGCCGCGCUGGUGGAAGUGAUUGAAGAUGGGUCGGUGAAGGGGAAGGAGUUUGCAGUGAUGACGCUGUUGCAGCUGUGUGGUGACAGUGUCCGGAACAGAGGGUUGCUUGUGAGGGAAGGUGGGAUUCCUCCUCUUGUUGCUCUGUCUCAGACCGGCAGUGUCAAGGCCAAGCAUAAGGCUGAGACACUUCUUGGGUACUUGAGAGAACCGAGACAAGAGGCUUCGUCUUCGAGUCCCUGAAGGCUGUCCGUUGUCCCUAGUUAGGAGAGGUAAUUAUACGAAGAGUUCUUUGGGUGUUGUGAUGUGUAAAUAGGGAGUGGUUUUGGGUGGUGGAUUUGUAUAGCAUGGUUGAGAAGUUGCUGGAAUCAUUGUAGAAGGAAAAAUCAUUAGUUAGGAGGAGAAGCUUUUUAAGCUUAAGCUAUAAGCCUAGAGUGAGCAUCAGACUGACCGUUAGAUUAUAUUUUGAUCUUGUUGACCAGGUAUUAUUGGUUGAACACAUGUUUGUCUUGUGGAUUAUGGGUUUGUAAAGAGAGAUCUCAUCUGGGUCGUUUUCCUCGUGUUUGCUUUGGGUUGUCCUGGGGGGAUGACUUCGUACUUUGUCAAGACAUAUGAUGCCGUCACCUUCUUGAUUAGUGAAGAAGAAUUAGUAAUUA